AUGGUCAACAUAUAUACUAGCGUCUUCUCAGAGAAUGAUGAGAAGUGGAUUUUGGACUAUGUAUUUGAUCUGCAAGCUAGGGGCCGAGCUGGUCUACUGAGGCCAAGAACAUAUGCAGAACCUAGAAAGUGGAUGCAUGGGAAAGGUAGAGAAACCAUUCAAUGUGGUCGUUGCUACAACUUCGUUGAAGACAGACAAGGGAACCCCCCUGGUAUCUUAAGAUACGAUGAGGUGGAUUCGAUGCCUUAUGUGAUAAAGAGAAUGGUUAAAAGAUUAAUUCGAUGGAGUAUACUUCUGCCAGACCGCAUCCUAAACAGUUGCAUCGUCAAUAUUUAUGAUGAAGGGAGCUACAUUCCUCCCCAUAUUGACCAUCACGAUUUCGUUAGACCCUUUUGCAUAGUGUUUUUUCUCAGUAAAAGUAAUAUACUCUUCAGAAAAGAGAUUGAUAUCAUUGGCCCUAGAGAAUUCAGAGGGUCCGUUGAUAUGUGA